AUGCAGAUGUACAAUAGUUCUGACUUGGAUAACGUCGGGGAAUUGGACGAGGACUUUUUAGCAGCUCUUAGUCUUCUUCAUUCCACGGAUGAUGAUUCUGCUGAAAAGUUAAGGCAAAUGUUGGACACUUCGAUAGCAAAAAAGUACGGUCCAGCAAAAACUCUUGCUGUCAGGAUGCGGUGUCGAUCUUCGUCUCCGACGAUGCAUGAGUUACCAGGAAACCGGGAUUUCCAGUCAAAUGGAAUAUCUAAUCAAGAUCCGUUGCACUCGAACGCGAAUACCCAGUUUGUAAAUUUGAAUGAUGGACCAGGACUCGCCAAAAAGGCGAAGGGCGCGUUCAAUACCACCACAGUCCAAACGUACGAUUCAUUCGACACCGCAAUAGUCACUACAAAUAUUAACAAAAAAAUGACGAACAUUCUCGUAGAAGUCGACCGGAUGGACAUCCCGACUAUUUCUAUCCCCGACGAAGGCUCUAGCGCGAUUGAUGGCGCCCUUUGCAAGGUUUGCAACGGAGCUAGACUUGGUCCUUUAAUACUCCUGGAGUGUCAGGAAUGCGAGGACGUCUACCAUCCGCUUUGCCAUCAGCCACCAGUCCUUGACCUUGACAUUUAUGAUCCCCGUUUAGUGUGGCAUUGCGCCAAGUGCGACGUCGAGCUCUCUGACGCGGCGACGAUCAUAGCUGCGGAUCAUAGAGACAAGAAAUUUCAAAUGCAAAAUUCUAUUGGAAUGGAAAUUUCAAAAAACGAACCACGGACUAGCGUAGAAAUGAUCUGUGACAAUAUCAACGAACCACACAAUUACUUCAGGAGAACAAAAACGAGGCUCUGUAACUAUCGGCACGGUCAAAUUUCCGGUACGAUUUCUUCAUGUACUAUGUAAUGGUAUCAAUAUUGUUUCACUAGUACGUUGAACUUUUUUUUUUUUUUUGCACAUUUACACAAAUUUUCUUCACGAUCCUUGAAAUUGAAAUCGGUCUUGCUAUAAUAUUUUGUCAAGAGUUCACGAUACGCAGCCUAUGUGUAUACCUAUAGGUAUCAUACGGCGUAAUUCGAGCCAUUUAUUCAGUCCUUCAAGCAGCCAGAUUCAGCCAGAUAAGGCGACAAGUGGUUUGAACUUUUUUUUCUCUUUUUUCUUUCAAUUACAGAUCAGUUUCAAUUACGAAAUACAAGCAUCGGUAGGCGAUUGGUAAAGAGACAAACAAGCGUAAAUAUGAUAAUAAAUUACACGACCGAGUCUCAAGUACACGAAUAUUAUCGUUGGCUCAUCGAAUGAGAGUAACAAGGAGAUAAAAUUCGUCGCAUUCCUAUAUGAUAAAUGUAUCAACAAUUAGUUAAAUUAGAUAAAAUUAUUACAAUGUUAGAGAUGGAGGUAUCGAAGGUCGAUAAAAAUUUCGCUGCAGCAAGGAUGGAAAAAGUGAUAGCCCCUAGAAAAGGCUCAUUAACGAAUGGGCAAACUAAUCAGUCCUCUUCCACCUCUUCCUCAUUCUCCUCUUCCCCUGGGCUUCAUCUACGAAAAAGAGUAGGUUCUAAACUCACCGUGACACGAGUGACUCCAAAGUGAACUACAAAUUAAAAAAUGAUGCUGAAGAUUAAUUUAUUCAAUCAAUUCAUACGUAUAUAUAAUUAUUGUUUUUUUUUUUUUUGUAUUUGUCGAAUUACGAAAUAAAUGUAUAUGUCUGUGUACAUAGAUUACACAACCGAUUAUAGUAUAUGCACAUACCAGCUAUAUUUCGUUUCAUUUUAAAACAUUUCGCGAAUUACUUUCAACCUGUUUAGUUAUUCUGCACAAAGCUAAUUGUUUUCCGUACAUGAGUAUAUGCUGUACCUGUGUACUCAUUAGUCAAGUGAUAUUCUGCUGAACUGUACAGCAAAAUGA